AUGGCCAACGGCGCUCAUGGCACACCCGUACUGCCCGCGCCGAGGCGAGCUGUACUUUCAGCACAGCAGGCGUCAGGGAGAGCACCACCCUCAUAUGACGAACUGUACCCUCCCUCGCCAGGCCCUUCGUCUCGACGCCAGCCGACGGCCCUCUGCCCGUCACCACCAAAAGGUAUGGACCGGCUCGUGGCAGCCAUGUGGCAUAACGAGAAUCUGAGCCCGCUCCACUCAUUGCCAGAUAGUGCCCUCAUCAACAUCAUUAGUAUGCUGGAUAACAGCAGUGUUGAUUGCUUUAGGCGGGUGGCACGUCGAUUUCCGCCCCUCUGCGUGCGCGAGGUUAUGAGCCCACUGCGAGGGCCCCACAAACAACUAUCCGAGACGGGACCUCUGAAUUGGCCGAGUUUCGGGGCACCCGAGUCGUCACCCCGGCCCGCUUUCCUGGACCUUAUCGACCGGGAUGAGUACUGUAGUGGCUGCCAGGCGGCCCGGAGGUCGUCCCGGUGGAAGCAGAGACUCGCCGGGCUGACCGAGAAUUACAUCCACUGCUCCAAGUGUGGUGCAGAUCACCCCGCCUGCCUAUUCUCAGCCAAAAUGCGCCUCAUACCGUCCCGGCUCCGGUAUUGCAUUGCUCACCAAGGCUUUAUGCGUGUUUGUGAGCAUGACGAAGGUGCCAUUACUCUCUCUCAUCUCUCUGGCCUCGUAUCGGAAUGCCUACCCCGCAGCAGACGGCCAUGGCAGCAAGAGGUUUCUACACGGCAGACUGUUCCCUGUAGACACAAGAGCCACCUGUUGCUCUGCGCAAAUGACCAAGGGGGAGUGUUUCUCAACUCGAGUCAUACCUGUGGAUCUCAAAGGAGACUUUGCAUUAGUUACUAUCGGCCUGGGAUCGCGGCGUAUGUUGAGCAUCCCGGCUGUUUCCAUCUGGCCUGGACGGCUCACGUACCAUACGACGGGCAAAUAAGCACACUACGUCCAAGGCUAGAGGAGACCUAUAGAAAUGCUGGGAAAUAUAUCGUCCCGUGCUCGGCUAAAGACAAGGAAACGCCUGCCCUCCGCUGUUUCGACCCAAACGACUGCCGCUGUGUCCAUUUUGAUGGGAGUGAGAACGUGCGGUGGGAGUGGGAGCGCGGUCCUUGGUUGCUAGGACCAACUCACUGCAUCAUGGACCCCGACAAACGCCUGGACACGCCGCCGCCGCCGGAAGCGCCCGAGUCGACUACAGCCAAGAUGAUGCGCCUCUUCAAGAUCAAGCGACCUCCGCCGCACACGUGUGCGGCAGACCAGAAGCGCCACCAGUGCCGUGUCGAGAAGAUGCCUUUCAACCGGGGCGUGGGAGAAAGCGUCGUGGAUGUCAGGCCUUGUCACUCUAGUAAGGACUGUCUCAAGGUUGAUUAUAUCAGAGACUUUCUUACGCACUUUAACGGUAGGAUUACGUCGCAGUGGUACAACGCCCUUAACCCAGAGUCAUAUGACAUCACGGAGGAUGAAGACGGGCUCAAUGUAUUUUGGUGCCGCACGGCUGGCUGUCGUAAUUAUUACAGAGGGCCCGGGGUCCUGAAUUAUGCUGGAAUCCUCCGCGAUCACGGCUUUCAUAGAGAGUGCCGGCCUGGAGACUGUCCGUAG